CCUCCACCUCCCCCACCACCACCACCAAAGAAGCAUCCUGACCAAGAGCAGAAAGCCAUAAAGAUCCAGGCGUGGUGGCGGGGCACCCUGGUGCGCAGGACCUUGCUGCAUGCGGCCCUCAGAGCAUGUGUCAUUCAGCACUGGUGGAAGCUGAUGCUGGCAAGGCUGCUGGAGAAGAGAAAGCGAGCAGCCCUCGAGUCCUUCUCGCGGCGAGAAUGGGCAGUGGUCCAGCUGCAGUCCUUGGUCCGCAUGUGGCGCGUCCGCCAGCGUUACUGCCGUUUGCUCCACGCUGUCCGCAUCAUCCAGGUCUACUGGCGCUGGCAUAACUGCCAUUCCCGUGGCUUUUUCCAGGGCACCUACGACCUCACGGCAUCACAUCUGGGUCUUGAACUUGAGAUUUUUUUGGGCUCACAGAUUUGUCGGAUUACGGACUGCAUCCCCUUCCCAAUAAAGAACUGAUCAG